AUGGUCACCUUCGGCCGCUCAGCGACUGCUGCGACCGAGCUCUUUACGCUGAUUGACAGGAAAUCCGAGAUCAAUCCUUUUGAUCAUUCGGGAGAACGGCCAGGCAAGCUCGUUGGCGAAGUUCAGCUUCAAAACGUUUCUUUCAGCUAUCCUACGAGACCAGAUGUCACUGUGCUCGACAACUUCAGCCUGCGUGUUCCUGCAGGGAAGGUCACGGCCUUGGUUGGUCCCAGUGGAUCGGGUAAAAGCACCAUCAUUGGGCUUUUCGAGCGAUGGUACAACCCGACGGCCGGUACUGUCAGAUUGGACGGUAAAGAUAUCAAGGACUUGAAUCUCAACUGGCUUCGAAUCAAUGUUCGUCUUGUGCAACAGGAGCCUGUUCUCUUCAACGGCACCGUACUCGAGAACAUAUCUAAUGGCCUCGUCGGGACACCCUGGGUGACAGACACGCAAGAAGAGCAACGACGACGCGUCGAGGACGCUGCUAAGCUCGCCUUCGCACACGACUUCAUUAUCAGCCUCCCGCAAGGGUAUGACACGAUCAUCGGGGAGAGAGGCGGUCUUCUCUCGGGCGGACAGAAGCAGCGCAUUGCUAUUGCCCGCAGUCUUAUAUCUGAGCCGCGGGUGCUUCUCCUCGACGAAGCCACUAGUGCCCUCGACCCUCACGCCGAAGGUGUGGUCCAGCUAGCCCUCGACAGAGCCUCCCAGAAUCGGACAACCAUCGUCAUCGCACACAAAUUAGCAACCAUCCGGAACGCUGACCACAUUGUGGUCAUGUCCUCAGACCGUAUCGCUGAACAAGGCUGCCAUGACGAACUGGUCGCAUUGAACGGUAUCUACCACAAUCUUGUCAAGGCACAGGACCUGUCCCCAACCGAGACACGGCAGACCGUGGAGCGCCUUUCAGAAGAGGGAUCCAUCCUGGGCGACAUCCCUGGCACGGAUCACCCACUCGUCAAGAUCAAAACGAUCGAGGAGAGACGUCUGGCGUCACUUAAGGACCGAGAAGAUUUCACAAUGUUCAAGCAGAGCGGCCUGAUUAGCACCGUCACGAAGCUGAUAGGCUGCACGCCGGAACUGAAGCUCUGGUAUCUGCUGGCACUCAUCUCUUGCUUCAUCGGAGCUGCCCUAUUUCCCGCACAAGCCCUGUUACUCGGCAACAUCCUCGAUAUCUUCUCAUCGCCAGACAUGGUGUCUCGAGGCAACUUCAUCUCACUCAUGUUCUUAGUCAUCGCCUUUGGGUGUCUGAUCGGAUAUUUCCUUAUGGGAUGGUCUAGCAAUAUGAUCGCACAGGCGAUUGCUGACAACAUGGAGACCCUGGGUAGAAAGAUGCGGAGAGAACUCCUGGACUCCGUCCUCCGUCAAGACCUGCGGUUUUUCGAUCGCCCAGAAAACACCAUCGGCACGCUGACCAGCCGUCUCAACUCUUAUCCCCAGGCGGUGUUCGAGUUCAUGGGGUUUAAUGUUGCUCUUCUUAUUCUAGCCGUCAUCAGCUUGACAGCUUGCAGUAUUCUCUCCGUCUCGGUUGCCUGGCGCCUUGGCUUGGUUGGCGUUUUCGUUGGACUCCCUCCUAUGCUGCUUGCUGGAUGGGUACGCAUCCGGCUCGAGGUGAAGAUGGAGAACGCCAUAGACAAGUCAUUCUUGAAGAGCUCGUCCGUAGCGUCAGAGACAGUGAUGGCGGUACGCACCGUCUCCUCCUUGGCGCUUGAGCAGAAGAUGCUAGACAAGUAUACGCACGAGGUGGACAUGGCUAUCCACAAUUCGGCACCCUCGCUAUUUCACAUGAUGAUUUGGUUCUCGCUGACCCAGGCAAUUGAAUACUUCGUCCUUGCCAUUGGCUUUUGUUUAUCGUCUCCUUCAUGGGCGUAUAUUAUUCUGGUCAGGCAACAAGCCAGCUAUUCGUCUUCGCAGGCAGUGAGUCUCGUCAACGUCCCGACGAUUUCCAACGCUAAUCUCUUCGCUCUAAAAGAUUUCACAAAGGGCCAUCAAGCCGCCAAUUACUAUUUCUGGAUAUCUGCCCUCGAGCCAGCGAUCCAGGAAACCCCUGAGAACAGUGGGAAGGGACCGGAAAACGGAUGCAAGUCUUUCGUUCUGGAAAAUGUCCAAUUUGCCUACCCUAUGGCGCCACAAACCCGGGUCCUCAAGGGGAUUUCCCUCACCAUUCAGCCUGGCGAGUUUGUCGCCUUUGUAGGCCCAUCGGGGUGUGGUAAGAGCACGAUGAUUUCACUGCUGCAACGUUUCUACGACCCCGUGAGCGGCGCCAUCAUCGUUGACUCGUCACCUCUGAACUCGAUCAGCCCUUCUCUGUAUCGUAGGAACGUUUCUCUAGUGCAGCAGGAACCGACGCUCUUCCCAGGGACCAUCCGAGACAAUAUCUCGCAGGGCGUUGACACGACCAUGUCUGGCCCGCUGCCCAACUCUCAGCUAGAGGAAGCCUGUCGUUCUGCCAAUGUCUGGGACUUCAUAGCCUCGCUCCCAGAGGGCCUUGACACGCCUUGCGGAAUGGGCGGCAGCCAGCUCUCGGGCGGCCAGCGACAGAGGAUUGCGAUUGCACGCGCCCUUAUCAGAAAACCGGCCAUGUGCGAGGCGCAAAGACUAGGCCAAGAUAUAUAA